AUGGAUAUGAGUACAAUUUAUCUAAAUUCUUUGGCAUAUGAAACAGCACUUGCUAAUACAUUAAAUAAUUCAAACUUGACAAAUGCUGCUGCUAAUCCAGAUAAUUAUCAGUCACCAUUUGACUGGACAACAUCAUCAAUUUGUAAGGAAUCAUCAGAAAAUUAUAGAUCACAACAAGUUAGUCCUUUUGGUACACAUAUUUCAAUACCAUUACCAAAUCAAAUGGAUGAUAAUGGAUGUCAAGUAUUUCGCCGAAAUGAAAGAGAACGUCUUCGUGUAAGAUGGAUUAAUGAAGGUUAUCAACAAAUGCGAAGUAUGUUACCACCACAAUAUGUCAAAACACGUAUGAGUAAAUUAGAGACACUCAAUUUGGCCAUUGCUCAUAUAAAACAUUUAAAAAAACUUUUAGAUGACUCACACCAUAACAAUAAAUGUGACUGUUACAAACAUUGUAUGAAAUAA